AUGGCAGAGAGACUUAAUGAACCUAUUCAACUGAGGAAGAAUUGGACUGUUGAAGAAACUGUAGAAUUAAUCUGUCUUUGGUCUGAUGAUAUAAUACAAGAAGAACUUGAAGGUCCCAGAAAUAAGUUGGUUUUUGAGAAAAUAAGCAAAUCUUUAAACAAUAGUGGCUACAAGAGGACAACUGGUCAGUGUCGUGAUAAAAUAAAGAAGUUGAAGAAGGACUAUAGAAAAGUAAAGGACAAAAAUAACGUUACUGGGAUUAAACGUAAAACAUGCAAGUUUUUUGAGGAGCUUGAUGCUAUUCUUAGUGUCAAACCAGCUACCAGCCCUUCAAUAUCUAUAAGCUCUGAACAAGGUAUUGUAACAAAUGAAGACGAACUUUGUGAAGGAGACACUGAAGAACCAUUAGAUGAAAGCGAUGAAUCACAGACUGACAAUCCUGUUGAGCCAGGUGCUAUAGGUAAUAUUAGUAGUCCAUCGUCAUCAGUGUCUGAUACCUCAAGUGUCAUCAUGAAGCAUAGAUGUGACCAGAAUAAUUCUACAGCGAAACGUCGAAAACCUGCAACGAAGCUAGAAAAAAGUUUGGAGCUAGUUAUUGGCAAAUUUAUGGAUGGCCAAAGGGAGUUGGAAUCUAAGUUUCUUGAGUUAGAAGAGAAGCAGAUGAUGAUGGAGAUGGAAAUGGAGAAGAAAAGAAUAGAAAUGGAAGAGAAGAGGUUGCAAAGGGAGAGAUAUCAUGAUAUGAACAUGUGGCAAAUGUUGCAGCAUUCUACAAGGGGAAGUUUUCCAUUUGCUCCUCCUAACAAUAAUACAUGUAUGGACUUUUCGGCAUUCAAUGGUAACAACUAA